UCUCCUUCUCACGGAGCUGCUGUUUGACGUCUGCGGCUUGAUAUUUUUGUUUGAUUUAAUUUUUAAGUAUUUAUACACUUCAUGCUUGUAAAUAAAAUCAUUCGCUCAGCGUUUUUGUACUGUAAAACGUCUUAUUUGCUAAAAAUAUCUUCAGCAGCCAUGUCAUCAAAACCGCUGACAAUAGACCUUUUGGGCAAGCUAAGGAAUGAGUAUUACUCGGAUCCCAAAAAUGAGCUGGCUCAAAAUGUAUGCACCAGGUUUGAUCCCUUCGAAGUGGCUAUUAGCAGAAAGAAGACAGAUGGGGCCUUCCAUGUCUAUAAUAUCAAGGUGGAGUCUGAAGGCAAGCCGGUGACGAACCAGGAGAACUCCGGUAGAUGUUGGCUGUUCGCCGCGCUCAACGUGAUGCGUCUACCGUUCAUGAAGAAGUACGCCAUUGAGGAGUUUGAGUUUUCGCAGAGCUACUUAUUCUUCUGGGACAAAAUCGAACGCUCCCACUACUGGCUGAACAACAUUGUGGAGACGGCCAAGGCAGGAGAAGAACUUGAAGGUCGACUUGUCAACUUCUUGCUUAAGGACCCCAUAAACGACGGCGGCCAAUGGGAUAUGAUAGUGAACCUCGUGAACAAGUAUGGAGUAAUGCCCAAGAAGUGCUAUCCGGAGUCGUUCAGCUCCAAAAAGAGUAUGCAUAUGAACGCCAUCAUCAAGACUAAGUUACGCGAGUACGCGAAGGAAUUGCGCGACAUGGUGGCUGCUAAGGCUUCGGACGAGUUCAUUCAGAAGGCAAUCAACAAACAGAUGGCUGUUAUAUUCAAUAUCGUCGCUACUUGCUUGGGUACCCCCCCGGAAAAGUUCACCUUUGAGUUUUACAACAAGGAGAAGGCCUACAACAAUUUCGGCGCCCUCACGCCUCAAGAGUUCUACGAGCAACAUGUUCGCCCGUUGUUCAAUGUUAACGAUAAGGUGUGUCUAGUAAGCGACCCUCGCCAAUCCAAUCCCUUCGGUAAUUUAUACACGCUACAAUGUCUGGGUAAUGUGGUGGGCGGACGACGCACAGCAUACAACAACCAGCCGAUAGAAACUCUCAUGAACGUGGUGAAGGACAGUAUCCAAGGCGGCGAGGCGGUGUGGUUCGGCUGCGAGGUCUCCAAGAGAUUUGAACGGAAGAACGGCCUCGAAGAUCUUGAUGCACAUGACUACCGUUUGGUGUUCAACACUGAAGUGCAGAUCGGCCUUCAGAAAGCGGACCGGCUUAUGUACGGAGACUCUUGUAUGACCCACGCUAUGGUGUUCACGGCUGUGGGAACUAACGAGCAAGGCAAGCCAUACAAGUUCCGAGUGGAGAACUCUUACAGCGACAAGGAAUAUGACAAGGGGUACCUGAUGCUCACCGAGCCUUGGUUCAGGGAGUUUGUUUUUGAGGUGGUGGUAGACAAGAAAUUCGUGCCCAAAGAGGUUCUGGAGGUGUUCCAACAGGAGCCCAAAGUGCUACCAGCAUGGGACCCCAUGGGGACGCUGGCGUGCCCCUACUGCUCUAGGGAAUAAAGUUGCUUUUAGCAUGUCAUGCACGUGUUCCUUUUUAUAAAAAAAAACGUCAAGAGAAUCUGACGAGACGGAUUUAAAUCAUAUUUUUUUACUAUAAGUCUUGUCGUUGCAUUUGUUUAUGACUUUAAUCUGAGUUAAUUUUUUUUAAAGUUGAUGCUUUUCCUGAUUGGUUGAGGAACUGUCACAUUCAUAUAAGUAUAAUUAUGCUGCCGUCAAGGAAUUCUUUUUUAUUUCAAAUUUCGCUAUUUUUUUUUUUUUUUGUAAAAGGAACACGAAGUUAGUAUUGUUUUAAGUUUUAUAUAUUGACUGAGUUUCGCAAUAAUUCAUACCGGAUUAAGCCUUAAUUGUGUAAUUUUUAUAUUAUAUAAUUGCCAUAUACAUAGGUUAACUUUACCUAUCCUUAUUUAUUUUAUUAAAAUAUACUCUAAACCAAUUUAACAAACGCUUUGUAAUGCCUUAGUAUGAACCAGACAGGACAUUAUCAGAUUUACAGAGCUCAUAUACAAUAGAAAAGCUUUUUUAAUAAUUUGUGAUUUACUUAAUAGAAAAAACUAUAGUGCGUUUAUAACAAGAAAACCAAGCUCAAUAUUACACCAAACACAUUUAGGAUCGCACCUUUAAUGUAUUAAAUACCAAAUAUUAAUUCAUUCAGCAAUAAUAGAUUAGCAUACAUACCUAUUAUAAGAAAUAUAUUUAUCCGAAUGUGUUCAAAUAAAAGUUACCCAAGUAUUCGUGAAAUUGGACAAGGGAUGUCAAAUCUUUCUUUCUAUUAUCUUAAACCUUAGAGUUAGAAAGAGAAAGAAUAUGUAACCUUGUCAAAGAUUGUGAAUAACCCCCACAGGUGAAGAAAGUACUUUCUAUAGAGAGAAAUUAAAAUAUUUUCAUGCAUACAUAUUUUUACUUUGCUUCCUGUUGGUUACUGAUCGUAGUCUCCGAAUCUUUUUGAGGCUUCAAGGCUUUUAAGCUUUGUCAGCCCCGUAUGGGGAAAAGACGUUUUAAUUAUAUGUUAUGUAGAUUAUUAACUAUAACCGCUUUCCAUCAGGUUGGACUGUAUGCACCUUUGCCUACCUAUAUUUGUAUUUUUUUAAUUUUUUAAUUUCUCUCUAUAUAGCUCAUUUUAUACCAUUUAGCCCGAAUUAAAUUCUAAAAACAUAUAUGUACGAGUAUAACCGCCGCCUGGGUGCAGUGUUUGCAACGAUGCUUUUAUUAAAACUAAUUGGCGAUUUUGUGCUGAAAUUGUCUUACGGCAAUGUUAUUGUAUUUAUGUAUUGUGAAUUAGUAAAAUAUACUCUAUUUUUGCA